AUGAAUCUUGGAGGUGGUUAUGGUGGUCAAUCACCUGUCAUUUGUAGGCCACAACCCAAUGAAUUUACGCCGUGUGAAAAUAUUUUAGGUGAUUGGUAUUUAAGAAUACCAGAAUGGUUCAUGUUUAUUGCAGCUACAAUUGGUAACAUCCUGGUUCUCAUCGUUAUCUAUGGAAGCCCAUUAAAAUUUACUAUUACUAAGUUUCUUAUUUGUAAUUUAGCCAUCGCCGAUUUGUGCAUGGGAUUCUACUUAGGUACCAUGGCGACAAUCGAUGCUAUCUUUGCUGAUAAUUACGCCAACUUUGCAAUUGCUUGGCAACUUAGCGCUGGUUGUAAGUUAGCAGGAUUUAUUGCAGUCUUUUCUACGGAAUUAUCAGUUUAUACCUUGCUUAUGAUUACCAUCGAACGCUAUAUGGUGGUGACUAAUGCAAUGUAUUACAAGCGCCAUUUAAAAUUGCGGGGUGCAUGCAUAGCCAUGCUGAUCGGAUGGAUAUUUGGUCUUACCUUGGCCACUCUACCACUACUCCAUGUGAACAGCUAUUCUAAGACAUGUAUUUGCCUACCAUCUGAUAUCGAUACGCUUGUUGGUAAAUUAUAUAUGGCCGUGAUUUUAACAUUAAAUGGAAUGGCUACCAUUCUAGUUAUGGGUUGCUAUUUACACAUCUUUUACGUUGUCCACUAUUCCAAUAGCGCUAUUACUAGAAAUACCGCAAAUCGAACGGAUUUAAUUAUUGCUCGUAGAAUGUUAAUAUUGAUUUUCGUUGAUUUCUUAUGUUGGGCUCCCAUCGCCGUUUUUGGCUUAAGUGCUGUUUUUGGCCUGAAAUUAAUUUCAGUUAGCAAGGCAAAGUUCCUUAUGGUCUUUAUUUUUCCGCUAAACUCCUGCAUGAAUCCUUUUUUAUAUACUUUCUUUAGCAAAUCUUUUCAUAAAGAUUGUAAAGCGUAUUGGAAUUGUGUUCAUAGCAAAUUACGUCGAGAUUCAUAA